AUGCCUAAAGUUCAAAACACAAAUUUUAGCUCUCUCAUGCCAUAUUAUAUUCGAAAUGAAAGUUUCAAUUCGAUGGAUCUUGAUAAAAUUGAUGUGCCAUAUCCACUGGAUGAAUAUCUUGUCAGCGUGUUAAAAAACAAAUUGAAUAACCCUUCAAAGAAGACGCCAAAUAGUUUUAUAUUGUACCGAAAAGCAUUUAAAGUGAUUUCAAUAUAUCAUGGAUUUCGCCUUAGCGCAAGCGAAAUAUCUCGACACGCAUCGAAAAACUGGAAGACCCUCGCUGAUCCGGUUAAGCAAGAAUAUAAAAUAAUUGCUGAAGAACUCCGCGAAACUUCUGAAAAGCAUGCUUUUGUGCCCUCUUAUAAGGAUUCGAAGAAGAAAUGGCGUAUUAUUAAGCCUUCCGAUAUGCAACGAAAAAUAAAUAAAAAGAAAAAAUCAUCCCUGGACAAAACAACAGAACUUAAUACAGCAAAUUUAUUGCAAGAGCUACCUAUGACGCUAAUUAAUCCUCAAGAAAACUCUAUAAUUUCAUAUAUUGAUUUAAGUUAUACUGAUCAAUUUGCAGAACUUUUUGCAUAUACAUAUAAUUUGCCGGAAACUAUGCUACAUGAACUAAAUCAAAAUCUGAUGUAUCUGGAAUUUCCUAUUAUACAUUUUUAUGAACAUUUUACCGAUAGUACAGAAGUCGAUUUUCAAAGAAUUUCAACUAAUUUUCAAGAAACAGAGUACUAUAUGAAUCAUGUAGCUCUCUAA